AUGUGCACAUUUGUAUGGGCUUUGGUAUCGACGGUUUCAAACAUAACUCAAGCUCGGCCCACACUCGAUCGUGCUCCCCCUCCUCCGUCUUCCUCAGCUUUUCCGUCGUUGAUUUACAGAAAGCCCAGUCUUCAGAACCAUUCGGUCACCUCGAAGCCUACCGCCAAUACCCGCGGCCAUCUCUCUUUAGACCAUCCAGCAGCAGUUUCAGUUAAACAAACACAAGUUUCUUAUCCACAAAACCAGUACCUAAAUCACCAGAGCGCAGUUGUAGCUCAGCAAGGGACUCAGGUUGGAGGGCAGCCUCCCGACUGGGCAAUCGAGCCACAACCCGGUGUGUACUAUCUUGGGGUUUUGAAGGAAAAAGGAGUCUGUCUCAAGACAGCAUGCUGCUGUGGUUCGGCACAGAAAUGGGAGUUAGGUGUGAUUUGUGAAGAAAAAUGUCUCCUAAUGGCUAAUAUUGUAAUACAAAAUGUAUAUGUACGCAUAUAUGUGAUCGACUUAGGCUCCGCACACGGCACUUCUGUUGCAAAUGAGCGGCUGACCAAAGAUUCUCCCAUUGAGCUCAAAAAGGCCGGGCAGUCCCUGGAUUUUCUGAUGGUGCUGAUGUGGAGACUGAACAUGGGCUCGUGGGGGUAAAAGAAGGAAAGACAAGAAAAUAUGAAACCCUUGUACAGAUUACAGUUUUGAAGCAAGCCAUUGAUUCCCAAACAGGUGUAACUGAGAAACUGAAAGAGGUCUCGAAUAAAUCAUUUGGCUAGGCAAGGCACAAUCAUUUUGAGUAUAUAUUGGUUUUCCUAACAGAAUUUUUCUUCCACAGCAGACGACUAGCAGUCUCCUCGUCCUUCUGAGCCCCCUUGUGUACUUCCUCUUUGUCCGUUCCCUCCGGGCAGUCCCUCCCACCCACCGCCACCAGAAAUUCACCUCGCCGCCAAAAAUGCUGCCGAUAAACUCGCCAGCUGCCCCUUCAUAGUUCAGAUCACCAUAUCUAAUAAUCAAUGGGUCCCACGUGUUGUUGUGUGGUGAACUGAUCAUGAUUGGCCUGUGGCUCGGCGUGUGAAUAAUUCUCACAGCCGUUGUCGAUGUACAAGUCGACGAGGUCUUCGAGUUUCAUGGGCUCGUUCGAAUUUUUCCCAGACAUCUUCUCCCGGAAUUCGUUGAAAUCUUGGACUAUUUUCUCCAAGUGUUCGUCCAUGGUUUGUUGAGCCUCUGUGUUGUUAUCUGCAUUGGUGUUUUUGAUAGGCUCCAUUUUUGGGUCCAUUAACUUUGGUUGAAAUUCAGGCUCCUUGAG